UUGUCGGACUAUGACGCGAAUCUCCUCACAGUUGGCAAAGGCACAGCCGACUAUUUCGAGACGAUAGUAGACGCAAAGAAAGUCUCGGUCGAAGCGCGGACGCAAUUUGCCAAGCAGGUGAGCAAUUGGAUAUUAGGUGAGCUAGGUAGAUUGCUCAACGAGACGAAUAGAGACAUUAGCAGCGUCAAGAUAACACCGCAGGCGUUCGUCGAACUAUUGGAUUUGGUUUCUGACGGUACACUUAGUAACAAUAUGGCAAAGUCGGUCUUCGAGCAGAUGUUUGACAGCGGCAAAGCCCCGGCACAGAUAGCCGAAGAGCAAGGUCUGAUGCAGAUUAGCGACACUGACGCUCUUGGCAGCGCGGUCGAUGAAGCGAUUGAGGCUAAUCCCAAGGCGGUUUCCGAGUUUCUCGAUGGCAAGGAGCAGGCGAUCCGAUUCCUUGUCGGGCAAGUGAUGAGGAUUACGAGAGGUAGCGCUAAUCCGCAACUUGCGACGCAACUGCUGAAGGAGCGACUCGAAGCUGUUAGGCAGUCCGUAUGA